CUUUCUCGCUCCCGUACCCUUGACUAAUUGGCAAAACUGAUACCUGUCCAACACCUGCUGUAUCGCUCAUGAAAAUGAAUUUCUUGGCCAUUACUGUGGUUUUUGGACUAUUGGUUGGGGCAUUGACCCAAGUGGUACCCGAUCCGCUACCAGCUGCCAUCCUACCUCCAUGUGACUCCCAUGUGGUGGAGGCCGCAGCUUUGGUGGCUCAGGAUUACCUCAAUGCCCAGCAUACGCAUGGAUACAAGUAUGCUCUGAACAGAAUUGAAGACGUCAAAAUCAUCUCCAAGCCUGACGGAAAUGACACCUAUAUCCUGGAGGUUGACCUGCUGGAGACUACCUGCCAUGUGUUGGACCCCACUCCGGUUGCCAACUGCUCUGUUAGGACCAAAGUGCAUACAUCAGUAGAAGGAGACUGUGAUGUGAUUUUGAAGAAUGCAAAUGGAGUGCUCUCCGUCACAGCGUUCAAGUGCAAAACAGAAGAAUCAACGGAGGACAUGUGUUUGGGCUGUCCUACACUGCUGCCCUUCAAUGACACUGCUGCACUGGCGUUUGUCCAUACCUCUCUGGCCACUUUCAACAACCUAACGGUCAAUUCCACAUUCACUCUUAUGGAAGUCGGAAGGGUGUCAUCACAGAUUGUGUCUGGUGGAUCCAUGUAUGUGGCAGAAUAUGUCAUAGUGGAGGCAAACUGCACUGACGCUGAUUGCAUACCCCUGGCUGACGCUACAGCUCAACGUGGUUUCUGUACUGCAAAAGGUUCAAACCUUGGACACACAGUGGACUGCAAUAUGUUUGCCAUUCUGACUCCACCUGUUGAUGUAAACGGCACUGCAGCUUCUGGCCCUGCCUUGCCACCAGUGGGCCACGGCCAGGCAGGCGUCCUGCCAGCUAUGCAUGGUCACCGCUACCACAAACUCACCUCUCUCCAUGACCCCAAUCUCAGUGGCCUUCUGUCUGCAGAGUCAUUUGAGUCAGACGAGGUGGUGCCUGUGGCACCUGCGGUUAUUCUGGCUGCUGACCCUGCACCACCUACCGACUCCUCGGCCAGCGUCGAGGCCCCUGCUGUGGUGAAAAGGGAAGCGCCUGCACCCGACCCUACUGUUUAUAUUCCUAUUUUUAAAGCAGCACCCAUUUUUCAGGGACCAAGAUGCCCAGGGAGGAUCAGACAUUUCUAAGUGUUCAAGUCCCUUUUCGAAGACUAUCUGCUUGCAGUGUUUUAGUGACAGUUGUUUUCAUGUAAAUCCACUCUGGCCCAGAUUUGGAACUUUGGCCUGUAGUUGGUAGAUAAAUGUACAAACACUAUAAACCUGUCAAGGAGAUAUGUUAUCAAAUUUCCAUGGGUCAUUUUUGGUACAAACCAAGUGUUGAUAAGGUAUGUUAGGAAAUACUCUGCUAAGCAAUUGUUUAAAUUUAUGAUAAUAAAGAUUUGAAACAUAUACCACUG